AUGUCGAAAUCACAUGUAUUAGCGGUGACACCGCCGCUCUGUCAAGAGCUCUAUGAUAUGAUCAUUGACGCGGUCGCUGCAAACAAAAGUGUUGCGGACUUGGCCGCAUGCAAAUCAGCUGGCCGAGUGUUCGUUCACAGUGCUCGCAAAUACCUCCACGGCGGCAUCCGGUUGAGGGCUCAUACUGACCUCCAAGCAUUGGAUACUUUGUUUACCCCUGAUCGCCUGUUGACUUAUGUUCGCCAAGUAGCAUUUUGCGGAUGCCAAACCAAGGAUUUCUCCGACAGGCAUGACUGUCCGCUCUUCAGCUCUGCUAUGUAUCGGCCCGACUAUACCUGGAUCAUCCAUGUCCUGCCUUAUCUUCACAGAUUCAAGGGUAUACGAUGCUUGGAAUUGUGCGACUUGAGCUGGGGCGACAUCCCGCGUGAAGCACGCGAGUUCAUCCUGUCGAACUUUCCCUCAGUCAUACACCUUUCCCUUAGAGCGGUCGACUUCUGGACCUCGCGCGAGUUAAUACGGACCUUGCAAGCAUUCCCAAACCUUUCCAUCCUUUAUACAUGCGCGAUAUCAUGUUAUCGUCCGAAUCACACGACAAGCCAGGUCACCUCUACAGCACCACUUAAGAUUGACCAGCUCGUGCUUCACGGGGUUAGAAAUAUGCGCUAUAUUCCCCUUAUUUAUUGGGUGCUGGGUCACCGAACGUCCGUCGACAUCGCGCAUGUAGGAAUUCUAUGGGACGACUUAAAUUUCGUCUAUCUGGUGGAGUUGAUGCGCAAGCUCGCUCCCUCGCUAGUGACUCUACAUUUGGAGAAGAGGGGAUUUCUGCCAGACUGGUACCUCCUGUCCCGCCAGCAAGCACGCGUUGGCCCCGACGCUUUCAGUCAAAGCAUAGUGGAGUUGCGACGACGGCAAGCGACCCCAAUUGACGUCGAUGAAUCUCACCAAGGUGUCAUGCAGACCCUAACGUUCGUUCCUCCCGACGCCGGAGUCGAACGUGCACUUUCUCUCCUCGCUGAGCGACCCAUCUUGGGCAGUGGUCUGAGUCGACUAGCCGCCACUCUCUUCUGGAACAGCUUCACAGAGGCCGCAUUCAUCCUCAAGCUACUAAGCCAAAUAGUUGGCGACCAGACGUCGUGGGUUUAUCUCCAUAUCUACGUGAGGCCAAGUUGGCAUUCGAUGCCUUGGUCUUCGGUCGACGAUUGUGUCGCGGAGAUCGGAGAAAAUGUCAGUCAUGCUGAAGGCAAGAAGUUCACUUUGGUAGUGGAGAGGCUGCAACCAUUCGAGAGUCAACCCUGGGACGCCGAUAUAAUUCGCUCCUGUUUUGAGAAGACCAGCAAACUGGUCACAGACAUCAACAUAGUAACCAAUACCUCCCGCUUCACUCCUACCGCGAACCCUUCACAAAAGCGCAAACUGCAGUAA